GACACGUGCUCCCAAUUUUGUGUCGUUGAUUGCAGACUUGAGUUGACAAGUGGCCCAAAGAGAAAGUGCCGCAGCAAUGGCCGCCAACAAGAGAAGUAGCUCCAGCGUAGAGUGGUGCCUGGCAAUCGGCACGGUCAAGAGGCUCAGCGGCAGGUAGGAUAUCCUGCAGGCAAGUCCAUCUGUCUGUGGCGUCAACGGAGGAUAGGUGUGUUCAGCGGACUGUUCAGGAGAGUCCUCUUAUUCGACGGUCUCAAGCGGACGUAAUCAGCGUCUCCUGUGUCUCUCACUAAGACUGGAGGACAGGUGCUCAGCUCAUAAGCUCUAAGUUGGUGUCUGACCGGUCAAAGAGUGUGCUCAAAGACGCUUAUUGUGUGCUUCAACGACUCGGGUGUCGUGGACUCCGCUCGACUGAGACGGGCAUCUAUUGAAACGCUUUGCAACACGCAGCAACCAGGAUGGUGAAUGGCGUGAACGGUGUUGCUGCAUCCAAACCUGCUGUACAGCUAGAAUCAACCAAGUCUCAACCGCUGGACCUGAAUACGGUUGAGCGGCGGCAUAGCUACACAAAUGAUGCGCCUGCGAGAGAGCGUCUCUUUGGCUUGCAGACUGCUCCUACAUACCGUCCUACGCAGCAGGAAUUCACCAAUCCGCUCAAGUACAUUGAAAAGAUUGCACCGCAUGCAAAGCAGUUUGGCAUCGUCAAGAUCAUCCCGCCAGAAGGGUGGCAAUCGACUUUUGCUGUAGAUACAGAGACAUUCCAGUUCCGCACGCGCAAGCAAGAGCUCAACUCGAUGGAGGCAAAGUGCCGAGCAACGCUCAACUAUGUUGAUCAAAUUUUCAAGUAUCAUACGCAACACGGUACGCCGAUACGUGGUUUGCCAAUGCUCGAUGCGAAGCCGAUGGAUCUCUAUCAGCUCAGAGAAGUCGUCGAGAAGCUCGGCGGCUACAAGCUCGUCAACAACAGCAACAAAUCGCCGAAUGUACAGAACUUGUGGGGUGAAGUCGGCAAGCAUUUUGGCUUUGCGGAUAACGCAACUAUGUGUCUGUCCCUUGCGAGCAACUUCAAGAUCGCAUAUCAACGCUACAUCCUGCCUUACGAGACCUUUCUUCAACGCGAGAAGGGCAAGCUCUCAAACAACAGCACGCCCGUGAAGGAUGGAAAGGACAUCAAAGAUGUCAAGAUGGAAGAAGCUGCUUCGGCAAGCUCGCGAAGCGCAUCACCCUCAAGACCGCCUACAUCAGUUUGCCCUGCAACGCCACCCCGGCAGACAUCCAUUGCCGGGUCGGCUCCUCCAUCUGCGCGCCCACCAAGUGCUUCAGAAGCAGAGAAUACAGCCAGGACCACGCGCAACAAACUCAAGCGUGCAGCACAAAGCGACCAAGUCCCAAGUUCCCCCUCGAAAAAAGUUGCAACUGCAGGACAACGAGCGAAACCAGGCGAGAAUUGCGAAACGUGCGGUAAAGGCGAUGAUGGCGUGCAUAUGCUUCUGUGUGAUGGGUGUGAAGCUGGGUAUCACAUCUACUGUCUUGACCCACCCUUGCUUGCUGUGCCGAAAAUUGACUGGUACUGCUCGCGCUGUCUUGUGGGCACGGGGGAAUUUGGCUUCGAGGAAGGUGGUGUUUAUUCACUUCAUGAGUUUCAAACAAAGGCGAACGCCUGGAAGCAAAAUUACUUCAAGUCACAAGAUGCCAAGACGGAAGAGAGCGUAUCCAGUGUCACUGAGCAUGAUGUUGAGAAGGAAUUCUGGCGACUUGUGCAAGACGUCAAUGAGACUGUUGAAGUGGAGUACGGUGCAGACAUCCAUUCUUCCACCCAUGGCUCAGCAUUCCCUACACUCGAGAAGGAUCCAAGAGACCCGUAUUCUGCCGAUCCCUGGAACCUCAAUAUUCUCCCACUCCUCGAAGAUUCGCUACUUCGCUACAUCAAAACGGAUAUCAGUGGCAUGACAGUACCUUGGUUGUAUGUGGGCAUGUGCUUUUCUACAUUUUGCUGGCACAACGAGGAUCACUACACAUACUCUGUCAAUUACCAGCACUUUGGUGAAGCCAAGACUUGGUACGGUAUCCCUGGAGCGGAUGCACAAAAAUUUGAGGAUGUGAUGAAGCAGGAAGUGCCAGAGCUGUUUGAGCAGCAGCCUGAUCUGUUGCUGCAGCUCGUGACCAUCUUCUCCCCGGAGCGGCUCGUCAAGAAGGGUGUGCAAGUGUAUGCCUGUGAUCAGCAUGCGAAUGAGUUUGUCGUUACCUUUCCCCAGGCAUAUCACGCUGGCUUCAAUCAUGGCUUCAACCUCAAUGAAGCCGUCAACUUUGCCAUCCCAGAUUGGGUCUCGGAAGGUCUGUCCAAGGCUUGUGUCGAUAGAUACCGCUUGUUUUCACGGCAUCCCGUCUUUUCUCAUGAUGAGCUUCUCUUGACUGCUGCAGCACACGACAGCACUAUCCGCACAGCGCUGUGGCUUGCUCCUGCCCUAUCAGAAAUGACGGCACGCGAGCUGGACCGCCGCAAGCAACUGCGAGCCAUGUAUCCAACCAUCACUGAAGAGUUGUUUGAGGAGGACGUGCAAGAGGAAGACUAUCAGUGUGGCAUGUGCAAGACGUUUUGCUAUCUCUCACAGAUUCGCUGUCAAUGUACCGAUAAAGUUACUUGUACCGACCAUUUGGAAGAUUUGUGCGAUUGCGAUCCAAACACGCGGACUAUCCGCCUACGGUACAGCGAUGAUGCUCUUCUCAAGUUGGAGCAAAAAGUGCUGGAAAAGAGCAAAUUGCCCGGUCAAUGGCGCGACAAGUUCUUCGCACUGCUCAAGGACGAGCCACGGCCACAAUUAAAGACGUUGCGUGCGCUGCUUUCCGAAGGCGAGCGCAUCUCUUAUCCAAUCUACGAGGUGCGUAUGCUGAGACAAUUUGUCAUGAAGGCCAACGACUGGACAGAAGAGGCUAAUGGACUCAUCUCAAAACGCAGUAUCAACACGAACCGCCGCAAGUCGGAGAAGGGUAAGAAGAUGCAAGCUGCAGAUCCUAAAACACUGCCUCGACAGCCUGAAGUCGUCGUCAAGAUGAUUGAAGAUGGCAAGCGUCUAGCGUUUGACUCUCAAGAGAUGGAACAGUUGCAAGCGAAAGAGGUGGCUAUUCGCGCGUGGCGCGCUGAAGCCCGUUCUCUCAUGGCGAUGCCGCAGAUCUCAAUUGACAAGUGCGUCAGCAUCAUUGAAAGUGGGCAAGCACUCAAUGUUGAUUUGCCAGAGGUGCGGCAAUUCGUCACCUAUGUCAACCAACUCAGAUGGCUCGAGCGUGCGCGACCUGCGUGGGAAACUCCGAUACCCUUGCAGGAUGUCAUCGCCAUGUGGGAAGAAGGUCAAUCUUGUGGUGUGCCCACUGAAGCGCUCGAGAUGCACCGCCUCAAGCAGCGCAGAGAGGAAGGCGAGGCGUGGGAGGAACGGGUUGCUCAAGUGCUUGCGCAGGAAAAGACGUCGCUUGAGACAUUGACUGCUCUGGCAAAAGAAGCUUCUCUGCUUUGUGUUAAGCCAGAGACCGUGGCGACCAUCAAUGCCAUCGUUGCGAAAACGCAGGAUGUGCAGACACAAGUUGCUUCAAUCAUCGCUAGAACACAAGACCCUGAUUGGCUGCAGCGGCCAACGGCCAACGAGUACAAGGAACUUAUGGAAAAGUUGGAUUCUCUGACUGUUCGCCCAGCCGACAGCGACAGAUUGCCACAGCUCUAUGGCAAAGUGAAUGAAUGGAUUCGUCGGGGCAAGCGUCUCUUUGGCAAGGCGAACGCACCGCUCGAUAUAUUUGGUCUCCAUCUGGAGUACGUGUUGAGGCGCAACAAUGCGUGUCUAUCGCUCGAGGAUGUGCCGCGUGAUCCCGUGGAGCCCAGUUCCCGGGAAGCAUCGCCAACUGGCAAUUCGUCACAAGAGAUGCCCAAGUCGGACAUAUUUUGCAUGUGUCGACAACCGGAGUCUGGUUUGAUGCUAGAAUGCGACGUGUGUCAUGAAUGGUACCAUGGCAAGUGCCUCAAAGUGGCCAAGAAGGAUGUGAAGGGUGACAACAAGUACAUUUGCCCGAUUUGCGACUGGCGCAUUCAGAUACCCCGACCAUCUCAUCGCCCAAAGCUGGAGGACAUGCAAGAACUCGAGCGUGAUGCGCGCUUUUUGCCCUUCCAGGUCGCAGAGCUUGAGAGGCUGCAAGAGAUCACUGCAACGGCACAACGCUUCAGGGACCGAUUACAACCAUUCCUCGCUGCAUAUUUGGUAUUGACAUCUGCUGAACUACCGACGCUCAAGUUCUACCUGCGCAAGCUCGAAGGUGCCGAAGUCCUGCUGCAUGCAGAGACCAACUUUUUCCGUCGCAAGAUUCACGAGUUUCACCCUAUUGCACCAAUGCCACCGCCCGUCAUUGCCGAGUCCAAAUCUACAAAGAAACCGCGGCUUUCCAAAAAGAAACGCGAGGAACUUGAAGCUGCUGGCAUUGACCCUGCUCAGCAUAUUCAAGCGACACAAGACGCUCGGCAGGCUAUGAGCAGUGCGUCGCCAAGUCGGCCUACGUCGCCUCCACUGCAUCCUGCUUUACCCUCUCGCUUGAGUCAGUCGAAUGGUCCAGUCUUUGUUGGAACGGUGUUUGAGACACAACCGACGUACACAGAAGAUGGCAAUGCCAGCUUUGCGAGUCCCGGUGCAGCAUACCAGCAUGCCAGCGCAAUGGCAAGCAGUUACGAGUCUGGCAGUGCGUCUCCAGCAGCCAAUGCUUUUGCGAAAGGUAGCAGCUAUCUUGCGAAUGACUAUGCACACACGCAGCAUUUGCGUGCCGAUAUGCAAAUGGCCAACAGCAGCAACUUAUUUGCGCAGUUCGAUCAUCAAGGCAUGUCUGCGGAUAUGAUGAGCGGUGUGAUCAAGACGGGCGCGAAUGCCUUUAGCUAUGUGGAUAACAGCACGCACCACAAUCACGAGGACGAUCAAGCGGCAGAGCUACUGGCUGGCUUCUCGCGCGGCGAGGUAGAUGGCAAGUUGGGUGGUCAAUAUGAAGGCAUGCACGAUGGCGAUGAUGCCAUGUCGGAGUUUCUCAAUCCUUAGGCUCUCUUUG